GCGGCACCUCAGGCGCAGGCCACUGCGACGGGGAAGAGCGCGUCGAGAGGCAAGGCGAAAGAAAAACAAGCCCAGGAUGGUGUCGUGUACACGCCGCUAGAGAAGCAGAUAAUUGCACUCAAAGCGCAGUAUCCUGGUGUGUUGCUAAUCAUAGAGGUGAGUCAAGCUCUACAUGGACCCCUGUGCCGGCCAUUGGUCUAAAAGAACAUGCGCCGGCACUGUUUCUACUCUUGCGCGGCAGGUGGGCUACAAGCUCAAAUUCUAUGGUGACGACGCCCGCAUAGCCAGUCGAGAGCUGAGCAUCAUGUGCUUUCCCGAGAAGAAUCUGAUGACCGCCAUGAUCCCUGUUCAUAGGCUCCAUAUACACGUAAGGCGCCUCAUUUCAGCAGGCUAUAAAGUUGGCGUUGUCAGGCAAACUGAGACCCGAGCUCUCAAGGCAGCAUCCGCAAACGCUUCUGCACCAUUUGCGAGGGAGCUGACCGCUUUGUAUACUGCUUCGACGUGGGUGGACGACUUGUCCUCCGAUGCGAGCUCUUCUGCUGCCGCGGUUCAUGAGGAGCACGGAUUCUCGAAUCCUGCAGCACAGAGAAGUCUGCUUGCCAUAGUUGAAAAGUCUGAAGGGGGCAACGGACGUGACGACCGCGUCGCCGUUGGGCUCAUCGCCGUCCAAGCUGCGACAGGCAGCGUGACGUACGAUCAGUUUCAAGACGGACUGACGCGACAGGAGCUGGAAACAAGACUGGCACAUUUGCAACCCGCAGAGGUGUUGAGGCCUUCAAGACUUACACACCAGACGGAAAAGAUGAUUCGCUUCCUUGCAUCGACUCAAGUCGGCGGCCCAGCUCAAACACGGCUGCGUGUCGAGGAGGUGGAGAUGCCACGCACGUAUGACGAGGCGUGGCGUACCGUCUCCUCAUUCUACGAAGCAGCGCUGUCAACUGAGAGGCGCAGCACACAAGGCGCGUCGCCCAGCGCUGCUUCGGAUUCCGACGCCUUGAAUAGAGGAAAGUUAUUGAGCUUCGCCAAGACUCUGCCCCACCUCGCCCUCGUCGCGCUUGCUGGUACGAUUGCGCACCUUGAAAAGUUUGGCUUGACCAAUGUCUUUCGGAUCGUCACAAAUUUUUCCUCCUUCGCUUCUCGAAGUCAGAUGCUGUUGACCGGCACCACGCUCCACAAUCUAGAGAUCUUCAGAAAUUCUGAUGAUGGCAGAGACAGGGGGUCUCUCAUCUGGCUGCUUGACCGGUGCAAAACGGCAUUCGGAAAGCGGUUGUUGCGCAAAUGGGUCGCACGACCACUCAAUGAUCUUGCAGCACUUUCAGACCGCACCGACGCUAUCGAAGCCUUGGUGGCCGGGGGAACAGCCGAGCAUCCCAUCGCGAGUCGUCUGCCCGGCUUACUGCAAGGCCUUCCUGACCUCGAAAAAGGCUUGGCAAGGUUGAGCUAUGGCCGCUCACAGCCGACCGAGCUAGCGACGGUGCUUCUCUCACUCCUGAGAGUCUCUCACGAGUUUGAGCAAGUCCAAGACGCCAAUGAGCUAGGAAUCAAAUCUAAGCUGUUAGCGGAGGCUGUGGCUGCACUGCCGCGAGCACGUUCUGCUGUCAAGGAGGCCACGAACGCCAUCUCGCUCACGGCAGCGCGAGCAGACAACAAACAAGACCUCUUCGUUGACCCUGAGCGGUUUCCUAUUCUGCAAGAAUGCAGGGACCUUAUCACGAGCUGCGAGAUUGAGUUACGCUCACAUCUUCUUGAGAUCCGCAAAGAAACUCGCAUGCCUCGUCUAGAAUUCGUGACCGUCAGCAACAUCUCGAACCUGUUAGAGAUCCGGGUAGCUGAUGCCAAGAAGAUGCCGGCGACAUGGCUUCGUAUUUCUGCUACCCAGAAAUUUGUGCGGUUCCACACUCCCCAAACCAUCAAGCUUCUCAAGGAGAAAGAUCGAGCGACGGAGACAUUGGAAAAGGAGGCGAAUGCAGCAUACGACACCUUCGUUCGUGAACUGUGUGCCAGGCACUACACUGAGUUACGUAACACCAUCAGUGGUCUAGCUACCCUUGACGCGUGUCUCUCUCUCGCCAAUGUAGCCGCAUUGCCAGGCUAUCGACGGCCGGUCUUUCACGAUGGAGACGGCGACCUCGAGCUAAAAGGCUUUCGGCAUCCAAUGAGCGAGGCCCUGGCAGUCUUGGGAGAUUAUGUUCCCAACGAUGUGUCGCUCGGCGGCAACAGCGCGAUGGGAAUCCUUUUGACAGGCUCAAACAUGGGCGGCAAAUCUUCUACAGUUCGAGCUAUCGCUUUGAUUAUCAUCAUGGCACAAAUCGGCAGCUAUGUUCCAGCAGACUUUGCCCAUCUUCCCCUGCACGAUGCGGUGCUCACACGCAUGGGUGCAAGUGACGAGCUGGCAAAGGGCCGCUCAACCUUCAUGGUCGAAAUGGCGGAAACAAAGGAGAUCGUCUCCUCUGCCACGAACCGCAGCCUCUGCAUCCUCGACGAACUCGGUCGCGGCACUUCGACCUUCGAUGGAACAGCGGUGGCUUACGCAGUCUUGGUGAACUUGAUGUCGCGCGAAGCGUCAAGACGUCCCAAGCUUCUCUUUGUCACGCACUUCCAUGCACUCGGCAGCUUGGCUGAGCCACAUUCGGGCCUGAGCAUCCGUGCCAUGCACAUGGCUGUACUCGAGAACGAAGGGGAUCGGAGAGGUCGUGGCAUCGAUGACCCAAGUCCCUCGGACGUCACCUUCCUGUACAAGCUGCGAGACGGACUGGCCUCUAAGUCGUGAGCAGCAUGCAAAGAAGUGUCGCAUGCACACAGAGACACUGACUCGCUUCCUCGCCUCUGGCUGGUGCGCUUCGUUUGGCUCCUUGCAGCUUCGGCAUUCACUGUGCUGCUCUCGCAGGGCUGCCGAGCUUGCUGCUCGUCAACGCUCAACAGAAGGCUGACGAGCUGGAGCGAUGGACGGAAGCACGUACAUCUACUUCGCGGAGCGUACGCGCGAGGUUCGCUGUCCGU